AAUAUAAAUUCUACAAGGUGAUUAACUAGUGUUGUUUGUUUAAGCCUAUUGAUUUAGUAUUAACGAAAUUGAUUUUAUUUAUUUCCAUGAGUAGGUGAAAGAAAUCGUCGUUUCGAACACGAAACUAUUUAUGACAGUUAAUAAAAAUUCAAUUGUUAUCAGUGGCGUACCAAUUUUUUAUUUAAUUAUAUAUAUUAAAUGAAAAUACUUUCUGAUAAUUGUAAUAUCGUCGUAUUGUUGAUCUAAUAUUUUCGUUCUUGAUACGCAUUACAUAAUUCGAUAAAUAAAUAUUAUUCCGAUAUAAUCGCUAUAAAAAAAAUUGUAAAUAAUUGAAUGCAAACAUGUAAUUUUUUCCGCGAAAUUUCUCACUUAUUACUAUCACGGUCAUCAUAUUCUCAUUGGGAUAACCGUGAUUUUUUUUUAUUUAUUCGGUACGCUUUAGUUCGUAAAGAGAGAUGUGCAAGUUAGUUUGGUGUUAGCGUCGAGUUGAUUUGGUGGCAUCGAAAUCGUAAUUGAGGAUGACAAUGUUGACUGGAGGAACAUCUGGUACAACAAAUAUAAGACGACUGAUAAAGAGGAGAUUUCCAUUAUUAGCAUGGCUGCCCUCUUACAAUUUUCAAACAUUUUCACAAGAUUUUCUAGCUGGUAUAACUGUUGCUCUAACAGAAAUUCCUCAGGGUAUCGCUUAUGCAAUUGUAGCGGGUCUUCCUUCUCAAUAUGGACUCUAUGCUGGUUUUAUGGGAUGUUUCAUGUAUUUCAUGUUGGGCAGCUGUAAAGAUAUCAAUAUAGGACCAACAGCUAUAAUGGCGUUAAUGAUUCAACCCUACGUUUCCAGUAUGGGUAUUGCCGGUGGUAUUUUGAUAACGUUCCUAUCGGGAUGUUUGAUUUUUCUAUGCGGUUUACUGCAUUUAGGAUUUAUUGUGGAAUUUUUUUCUUACCCUGUGAUAGCAGGAUUUACUACAGCGGCUGCUUUCAAUAUAGCUUCGUCUCAAAUUAAAUCUCUGUUAGGUAUACCGGGGAAAUCGGAUACUUUUCUAACCGCUUGGAUAUCGGUUUUUGAAAAUAUCAAAAAAACCCGAUUGGCAGAUACUUUGAUGGGAUUUUUCGUCAUAGUGUUCCUAGUUAUAGCAAAAGAAAUAAGAAGAUACGGUUCGUUAAAACAACGUCCAGAAUGGACAAGAAAAAGAUAUAUUAUCGGAGUGAUUAUUUUUAUGUUUUCUUUGGCAAGUAACGCCAUUGCUGUGAUGUGUUGUAGUGUAGUAGCCUACAUUUUCAAACAAUACGGACAAAUGCCGUUUAAAUUGACUGGUGAAGUUCGUGGUGGUUUACCCUCUUUUACUUUACCACCUUUCAGUACAAAUUUCAACGGUACCGAAUUUAGAUUUGAAGAUAUGAUGACCGAAUAUGGUACCGUAGUUAUAUUUUGUCCUUUAAUAGCAGUUUUAGAACACAUAGCGAUCGCGAAAGCGUUUUCUAAGGGAAAAUCAUUAGACGCUACUCAGGAGAUGAUAGCGUUAGGUGUUUGUAAUAUAAUGGGUUCGUUUGUACAAUCCAUGCCAGUAACUGGUUCGUUUACUAGAACAGCAGUUAACAAUGCUUCCGGAGCUAAAACCCCAGCUUGUAGUAUCAUUACCGGUAUUAUGGUGUUAGUUGCUUUGGGAUUUUUAACUUCUACGUUCCAAUACAUUCCCAAGUCUACUUUAGCUGGGGUUAUCAUGGUCGCUAUGUAUUAUUUGUGCGAUUUUCAAGCGUUCAUUUUACUUUGGAAAUCUAAAAAAUUGGAUCUGAUACCUCUAACGGCGACUUUGGUGUGUUGCCUCUUCAUCAAUUUGGAAUACGGUAUUUUGAUAGGUCUGGCCGUCAAUAUAGUGUUCGUGUUGUAUUCGUCGGCUAGACCGAAAAUUGAAAUCGAAGAAAUAUCCCCGUUAUAUUAUUUAGUUAAAUUCAAAUCAGGAUUACAUUAUACUUCAGCCGAAUAUUUGAGAGAAUACAUUCUGAGUAUGUGUACGUCCCCUAACAGUACGGUAAUUAUCGAUGGGGAAUAUAUUGGCAACAUUGACGCCACCGUAGCCAAGAGUUUGAAUGGGCUCAAAGACGAAUUACAAAUUCGAAACCAAAAUAUAAUAUUUUGGAAUUUCAAAAAAACUGUGAUAAAUACUUGCUUAGGUGUAAAUUCGGAUUUGGGAUUGAAUGUGAAAGAAGAAAGUUUGGAACAAAUUAUUGCUUCCUAGCUUCACAAAACCAUCGAGAAUUCAAUGAGAUUAAUUUUUUUAUUCUUAUUGUAUAUCAAAUAAUAAAAUUUAUUACUUCCAA